AUGAGUAUGGAGGUACAAGCCUUGUCAUUCAUGGCAGGCACCCAUUCUAUGGUCGCCAUCAAAUCCGACCAAUCGUCGUCGCCUGCCCCUUGUGAGCCCGCCGUAUCCGGACCAAAUUCUCCUAGACGAAAUCCCGCACGAAUAGGAAGAUUCGGUCUUCGCAGGUCACAUUCUGUAUCCCAAACCCAAAACGGUUCUAAAACUCUCAUUCCAGCCCUCGAGGAGACAAUUAACCCGUUCAAUGCUGGGAAGAAAAACGAGGCAAUAAAACAGAGGCUACAAAGGCAGUUGCCGUGCCAGGAUGCUCUUUCAAAAAGCAUGACGGCGGCCGGCGGCCGUGAGGGACGGCAGUUUACUGUAGGAAACGUGGGUCAAAACGGUAAACUCUACCUAAGACCAGUACCAAUAUCAAAGCAAGGUCUCCAUUCGCUCGGACACUCUCAACCACUAGACCAUGCUGGGAAAGGAAGGGAAUUGAUAUCUAGUGAUGAGCCUAGAUAUACUCUUGGAUCGAGCUCACAGCUAUCUGGUCUUCAACAGUUUGUUUCUGGAAAGGAUAUGCUAGGAAACGAUAUACUUAAGUCAAGCGGCGCAAACUCUGACUACCUUGUGUCUCACUUGAGUAGGCGGCAUUCGCUCUCUACAAUCGGUGACAAGUCAGAAUCGUCGCAUCCAAAGAAUCGGGGUGAGCUGAGAAUUGUUAUUGAGCGCCAUGAUGACCAAGGAUGCAAGCCAGUCGAUGAACUCGGGACUCCGUCGCUGACUGUGUCCAUACCGCAUUAUCGACUUGGUGGCUUUAGGUUUACAUCUGGAGGCACACCGGUGCUUCGCAGUUCGGGUUAUACUCAAACUUCGGUGUCAGAUAAUUUCCGGCCUUCUACUUUGGCGAAGGCGGACGAACUGGAGCUGCCACCAUUACCGAGCGAAAUGGUGUCAAACUAUUUAUCUUCAUUCGGCUCGCCUCUAUUUCCCUCCCCGCGUGCGUUGAGCUCAAUAAAUAUCCCCUCUACUCCUUCCAGUGCCGUUUUUUACAAAUUGAAAGAGCCUAUAGAGCCAUCAAUUUUUGACGCUUUGUUGAGCAUUAUGGAUGACCCCUCUGUUGUACGCUACGUGAAGGGCACCGCGCAUGUUGCCGCUGCGACACCAGCCCGCAUUGUUGCUCAGAUCUCGUCGGAUUCCUUCAUGGAUUAUGAACUGGUUUCGGAUUUCUUUUUAACAUUCCGCUCCUAUCUUUCUCACAGCAAUUUAUUGUCGCUUCUGUUAGCACGACUAGAAUGGGCAAUCAACCGACCUGAAGAAGACGGCCGAAUCAUUCGAAUCCGCGUUUUUGCAGCCCUUAGACAUUGGAUCCUGAAUUAUUUUAUUGAUGACUUCGCCCCUAAUCGCGACCUGCGCGUUCAGUUCUGCGACCGACUAAACCGUAUGUAUAGUGAAGUCAAGUCCGAGAGCAAGAACAGCAACAGUGAUCUUAAGAUAUUGAUAGAUCUGAAGAAGUGCUGGAAUGGUAGAUGCUCACUUUAUUGGGACAGCCAUCAAAAUCUCGAUCUGAAUAAUCCUGAUGAUCUUGUUGUACCCGGCGGUGUUGACGAUGGUCAUGAAGUGGAUGCUCGAGGAUCAGAUCAAGGAGGGUCCAGAUAUCAAUCUGAAGUUAUAUUGAUGAUGCAUCAGUCUCCUGCUCUCCCGGUACACCCAAUUGCCCCUUCUGCAGAAGGUAGUGAUCCAUGUAAAUCUGACAGUGCUGGUUGGCAGAGUGUGGAAAAGCCAGCUUCUCCGAUCUCUCCUGGUACGUUAGAGCCGACGUCUUACCCCUUUUCCCACGCCACGGCCAAUCGGGAGUCGCCUGAGUCAGAUCCUGCCAGAGCUCCAUACCAGGUAGUUUUGCCUUCUCCAAAGAUAUCUUCGACGUAUAUACCUGGCCAAUUGACCUUCCCUUCCACGCCUCCUUGUUGGCGUACACCGGCGCACUCCCAUAAGCGCAGUGGAAGUUUCUCGGAUUCUGUUCGUGAUGGCCGGGUUUCGCUGCCGCUUUCAAGUUUCGAUUCUCAAGGACAACCUUUGUCUCAGAUGCCUCAAUACACGGAAAAUAUUAUUAGGGGAAACGUGUACGGCCCGCCCGACCCUUUUCUUGUUUCUUUUGGCCCUCCAUCUCCUAGUCUCGAGGCACCGCCUUUAGCUUCGGAAAAAGUGGACCCACAGAAUCCGCCAGAUGCGCCUAAAUCUCCCGGGCCUACUGUGAAGAACUGGAUUGGAACACUUCGGCGAGCAUUGAACCAUCGACCAUCUGGGCAACAUUGUCUACCACGCGGCACUACUGCAAAUGAAAUACGAGGGAAGACGUCUGCUCUUCCAAGGAAUGUAUCCUUCUUUCCCGAUGGUUACGGAAGAAGAAAGGCAGGAAUGGCUUUCCAAAGCAAUACGCGUAUCGACCUGCUCUGCGAAGAUGCAUACCUUUCUUACCAAGAGUUUGUAGAAAAAUCGGAACGCUCGAGUCGUUGUAUAGGUCAGAGUAUUUCUCCGUCUGCUCUAGAAAAUGGCACAUCGAUUUCCAACAAAAUACUUGCCCAUUCAGGCCAUCUUAAAGUUCCGCGACGCGAUAGUAUUCCAAGUCAAUUGACAACUGGAAGCAAGUCAAUUGUAAUAGUGGACGAUACACGUACAGCCGCACCAUUAAUGACUGGUGGGCUGGAAGUCUCAUUGGUAGACACAGAAUAUAACCUGCUACAUGAUCUUUCGUUGCCAAUAAGGGAGGGGUAUAACCCUUCUGUUCCACCUGUCCCUUCUGCCCGAGCCUUCAAGCCAACUGCUCUGGACCAACUAUCGGGAUCCUUUCCAUACAGCAAUAUUGAGCUCCGAAGAUGUACUUCUCACGAGAGCGUGAUGACGGCCCACCGCCCAAUUCCUGACCACAAGCAUUCAAGCAGGUCCAUCAAUUCUAAGACUCGCUCAUGUAAACCCUCUGGCCCAAUGCUUCGUCGGCGACGAGGUGGAGACCUGCGAAAAAUGCAAAAUACACUCGAAAUUUCGGAAAUUCAACCGUUCAUCAGUGACCGAACCGAAAGCCCCUCGAUCACAGGCUCCAUGCUUCAGAUGGUUGAACCAAUCGAAUUUAAUAAACGAAACGAAGAAAAUCUGAGAGUUGGUGCCCGACUCCAACGUCGAAGUUUGGAUGGAUUCCAUUGUCUGCGGCGAUCUUUCGAGGCCACAAUCGCCGAAUUUGCGGGGAUCCCUGACGAUGAGGAUGGAGGAAUUGAGUCCACGCUGCUCAAAUUGGAGGGCAGGUGGCCUAAACGCCCGCCCAUCCAUGGACAAAAGGGCCGUACAAAUCGUGACCCUGAAAACGGCAACCAUGAACCCCUGGGAGCUAUGCCCGUCCAACCAAAUAUUGGAGUGACUCAACCUAACUCUAGUGCUGGCUCCGAAGAUUCAUAUUGCUCAAUUCCACUACUUGAACGUGGGUUAGCAGAUGAGUCCAUGAAAAGCCCAGGUUUAGACGAUUCCAGUUCGAAUAACUCUCGAUUUUGUGAACAGAAGCAAGUCAUGUCACCAGAUACAGAGCUUUCGCUAUCUAUUGAAAUUGUCGAGAAGACACAAAGUAUGGAGCAAUAUCCUCGUCAGCUAGGCGCCACGACACACUAUGACGCCGAAAACGUCGUUCUGGUAGAUGAUGAAUUCGAAACGGAAGACUAUUCUUCAGAACUAUCGUCGGAAAUUUCGAUAGAUGCUAUUGAUGGCGUUGAGGAGUCUAACGGCCAUGGGGCCGCCUUGUCUCCAAUAAUGUCAUUUGCAACUCUUGGGGUUCCAACUCACCCUCUUGCUGACCCGCCAUCUCCUCCAAUGACUCUGGGACGGCUUGUGCCCAUGCCAGCCGAUUUGCGCCCAAUUGGCAUUCAAAAAGCGCCCCCAACACCCAACUUCUCACCCACUAGAGUGGUUCCUGCUGUGGAUUCUGGGGAACCCAAACAGAUGUGCUCUGAUUCCAGUAACAUACAAAACCUUGAGACACAACCACAGAACCCCCCAGAACAAUUAACAAGUCCAUGUCACACCCCUUUUAUUCUUGCGUAUGACUCAGAGCUUCUCUCACACCAGUUUGCUAUUAUUGAACAGGCUGCUCUCGGGGAGAUCGACUGGAAAGAUCUAAUAGAUAUGAGAUGGAGCCAUUCGUCACAAACAACGCUCAAUUGGGUCACCUAUCUGGCAGACCAGGAUCGCAAAGGUAUUGAUUUGGUUGUUGCAAGAUUCAACCUCAUGGUGAAGUGGGCCGUAUCCGAAAUCGUGAUGACCAUGAACAGGGCGUUACGGGCGAAUACUAUCAUUAAACUCAUUCAUGUGGCAGUUCAUUCGCGAAGGCUUCGGAACUAUGCCACAAUGCUACAAAUCACCAUCGCGUUAUGCUCAGUUGACUGCACUAGACUUGUUAAGACAUGGGAACUUGUCCCUGAGGGUGAGAAGCAAUUGCUUAAAGAGAUGGAAUUCCUCAUACAGCCCACACGAAACUUUCAUAAUUUGCGGUUAGAAAUGGAAACUAGCAACCUUCAAGAAGGCUGUAUUCCAUUUGUCGGCCUUUAUGUCCAGGACCUUACGUAUAAUGCGCAGAAGCCAGCCCAAAUUGCCAGCACUCGCGAAGGCGAACCCUUAGUUAAUUUUGAACGCUACCGUACCGCUGCAGCGAUUGUGAAAAACCUACUUCGGCUGACGGAUGCCAGUAAAAAGUACCGAUUUGAACCCGUUCACGGUAUCAUUGAACGAUGCCUGUGGGUUGCAGCCUUGACCGACGAUAAGAUUAUCACCCUCAGCAAGGCACUUGAAUGA